UCACAUUCUCCAAACGCUGCCGCCAUCAUUCGCUCGUGGAAGUGAGAAGUACACUAUCGCUUUGCUCAUGUUUGCUGGAUUUAGGGAAGUUUCUGGAAGACUCCUCCAAUUCUGCUGCUUCAACAUCAGCUUUAACAUCACCAUUAAAACCAGCACAUAUCGCUCUUGUGCUGAGCUUACUACUUUACAUCAUCGCUCUUUCCCUCUGUCAUCACGAUAUUCCUUAUUCGCUUCUCCUGUUAAAUAUUCCUCUGUCUCGCUUUUGUCUUUUUGUUGCUCCGUUCCAUCACCAUCCUGUAAUUCUCUGCUCAGGUCUUCUAGAGUUUUUCGUUAUCUCUCUCAUUUCACCCCCCCUGCUGGACACAUGGAUUUAAAGGGAGUUCUUGAGGUUCUCGAGCAGCUUGCUCCACUAUCAUUGGCUGAAUCGUGGGAUAAUGUUGGUCUUUUGGUGGAGCCCAGCAAACCACGUCCAAUCAAAACAAUCCUGCUAACCAAUGACCUAACAGCGGCUGUCAUGGACGAAGCUGAGAAGUUGGUUUGCGACCUCAUUAUCUCUUACCACCCACCUCUCUUUAGACCGUUCAAGCGUUUGGUUCAGAAUGACUGGAAGCAGCGAUUGGCUGUCAGAGCGCUAGAGGGUGGCAUUGCAAUUUUCUCACCCCACACUUCAUGGGACAGCGUCAAAGGUGGUGUUAAUGAUUGGCUAGUUGGAGGAAUGGGUAGUGGGCAAGUGUCAGUAUUGAGUCAAGCUCACUCUAGCGCCCCACAGAAACACAGACUUGAAUUCUUGUCUCUAAAUGACGGAGAACUCAACAGCGUUUUGGCUCAACUUAAACACAUAGAGGGCAGUGAAGCCUUCCAUUGCUCUACAAUAAGAAAUGAGGGUGGAGGCCUGCAGGUGAUUUUAACCUGUGCUAGUUCUGCACUGACGGCUGUUGUGGAGAUUCUGGUUUCAGAUCCAAAUACCAACAAAUCCCUAAACAUUACACAAGUCCAACAGCCUCCUUUGUUAGGCUGUGGUCAGGGGCGACUCAGUGUUCUGGAGGAGCCAGUGUCAGUGGCUGCAGCAGUUCAGAAAAUGAAGAGUCACUUGGGAUUGCCCCACUUGAGACUGGCCCUGGGACACCAGCGAACAUUAGACUCUAUGGUGAGGACAGUUGCAGUAUGUGCAGGGUCUGGAGCAUCUGUCAUUCAGGGAGUAAAAGCAGACCUUUACAUCACAGGUGAGAUGUCCCAUCAUGAGGUUCUGGACGCUGUUUCCAAAGGGACGAGUGUGAUUCUCAGUGACCAUAGCAACAGUGAGAGAGGCUUCUUGGCCAUAUUCAAAGAGAGGUUGAACGCGCAACUGGGCGACACGGUUAGCGUAGCUAUCUCGCAAAGAGACAGAGAUCCGCUACAGGUGGUCUGAUCUCGUCCAGUCACACUGCCAGUUAGAUUUCAGUCAUUUUGGACUGUGCAUAGAAAUCACAAAGGAUAAUAUUGUCCCUGCAUGGUCUGACCUUAAUUUUGUAAAUGGCCAAGUAACAUUGUCCCAUAAAAAGUUCACCAUGUCACAUUAAAAAAUCUAUUUACAGCUCUUA